AUGCAAAGUAUUAUAAUCGAUUAUGCAGUUUUUCUACUGCUGAUUGGGUUGUCAUUCGCAGUAUUAAUUUAUAGUAAAAUAUCCGGCCCCAAAGAACAGACGAAAGCAGACUAUGUGUUCGCUUCGAAAGGGUCGGUUUCGAUGGGAGCUAUGCUCCUGUCCAUUGCACGUGGGUUUCUGGGUGUCAAAGUCUUCCUCGGGUAUCCGUCCGAAUUUUACUAUAGAGGAAGUGGAAUGUGGGAAACACUGUACGGAAUGUCCUUAGCAUUCCCUUUGGUUUUAUAUUUUUUCCUACCAGUAUAUUUCAAUCUAGGAAUUACUUCAGUUUAUCAGUACUUAGAUAUGCGAUUCAAAUCAAGACUCGUGAGGAGGCUUGCGUCUGCUACAUAUUUUAUAAGAAGUAUACUUAACCUUGGCGUAACUGUCUUCACACCGUGCGUUGCCUUAAAAACUGUGAUGGGAUUGCCAUAUUGGUUUUCAAUCAUCUUAAUUACAUCGAUUGCCAUUGUUUUCACACUGCUGGGAGGUCUGAGAUCAGCUAUCCUAGCAGACGCCGUUCAGAGUUUAGUGAUGAUCGGUUGCAGUGUAAUAAUCAUUAUUCAUGGAUUCUUUAUAGCUAAAGGUCCAUUGAAUGUGUUUGAAGUGACCAAGGAACGGGACAGGCUGGACUUUUUCAAUUUCAACAUGGACCCUACGAUUCGUGUGUCGACGGUGUCCGCAACUCUUGGUCAGCUGUUCAUGUCGCUUUCGAUGUUCGGAUGCCAACAAAAUUUCGUUCAACGCUACUUUAGUAUGGACUCUCAGAAACAAGUUGAAAAGGCUUUGUGGCUGACCAUACCGUUGAUGAUAGUCCUCUUCAGUCUAUCGUGGAUUGUCGGUAUGGUGAUAUUCACGGUGUACGCUGAUUGCGAUCCUCGAGCACUCGGAUACAUAUCGGAGAUCGACGAGAUCAUACCUUUUUACAUUGAAGACAGAUUUUACUUUUUGCCGGGCUUCAUGGGACUUGUAUUGGCCAGCUUAUUCAACAGUGGACUCAGUAUAUUAGUGUCCAACUUAAAUUCAGUCUCUACUGUUGCUUGGGAAGAUUUUAUCUCUCAAAUACCAAUAUUCAAGGGUGCCAGUGAAAAGAACCAAUUGUGGUGCAUUAAAAGCAUAAGUGUAAUUACUGGUUUUAUAGUUAUGGGUGUUGCGUUUAUUGUCGCACAAUCUUCAGGUGUUAUUGAUGCUUCGCAACUAAUGACGUCCGCCACUAGUGGACCUCUUUUAGGAGUUUUUGUUUUAGCUAUGUUUUUCCCAUCAACGAAUUGGAAAGGUGCUGCUGCCGGUAUGAUAUCGAGUCACUUAAUGACCUUGUUUAUUGUACUUGGAUCGUUGUCCAUCGCCAAAGAACCUAAUUAUCUACCAGUGUCCACUGAAGGGUGUACGAACACGACGUUCUCGCCACACAUUGAGCCCAUUUUUGAUGUACAGUAUAAUCAAUACAAAAUGAGCUUUAUGAACAAAACUCACGAUGACAUUUCCAGUGUCCUAUCGACGCCCGAAGUCAAAUCGUCCUCCACAGACGAUAUACUUACAUUAUUGUACUCGAUAACGUACAUGUACUACUCAUUAUUGGGCACAUUUGUAACAGUCUUCGUCGGUGUCAUAGUCAGCUACAUGACAGACCUGUGGAGCAAAGAAGAGACGACCAACGAGGACCUGUUGCACCCGAUGAGCCUGAAGGUCAAGUCCAUGUGCACCGGCGAGAAACAGCGGUACGUCACCGACGGGAAGCACAACAACGGUCCCAGCACGCUGCCGAUGACAAACGAGGCGCAGCCCACCCCGCUUUCGAGCGUGUUCACCGUCAAGUCGAACUCGUCCUCAUAAUCGUGUGCCCUAUAUUUUACGAUAUGGGUGCUUAUGUGUCAUAACUAAUAAUAAUAAUAAUUAUAGCUCAUGAUGUACAAUAAUAAUGUAUUCAACGGCCGUGCGUGUGUACAUCAAAAACAUAAUAAUAUUGUUAUCGUGUACAUAGAACGAUUGCAGUCGUCUUUGCAUUAUAUUCCUGUGCCUACAUCAUAAAAUAAUAUAUUAUACCUAUUAUAAUAACGAAAUUUUAUAUCGAUAAAAUAAUAAUUAUACGAUACAAUAAUUAGGUUUAGGCCUAGGUAGGCAAUGUACCAUAAUAGUAAAUUGUUAAUGCUAUAAUGUACAGACGCGACCUAACACCGAAUUUGCACGACGCCUCGCCCACCCCAACUACCACCGCAAACCAGUGAUAAUAAUAUUAUUAUUAAAUAUGCAGUAUUAUAUUAUUAUUUAUGCUCGCGUGCAUUCGUCGUGCUGCAAGUCGUAUCGUAGCUACAAUUUACGGCUUAUGUCAUAUCAUAAUCUAUCCUAUGAUAGGUAGGUAGUAUAUAUUUAUAGUAUUAUAGUGCCGCGUGAUUUAAUUAUGUAAGUAAUUCAUUUUUUUUUUCCAAACAUUUAAUACGUUUUAUUUUUAAGACAACGAUAAAAACACGAAACGACGCUAUCCGGCAAACGCGAGAAAUGGAAUAGGUAAAAGUAUUAUGUCCUAAUAUGAAUAUAUGGCGGCUCGCUACUGUCCCAUUAUCAAUCGAAUUCUGUGGAAAAGGUAGAAAGAUUUUGUCUCGUCGACUGUUCCAAUCAACUGCGCGUGAUUCUUAUUAUAGCUACGCAAAAGCUUCGUUUGUCA